AUGUUAUCGCGUCAAAUACAAAAACCAAUAAUAUCAACAUUACGUUCACAAACCUCCAUUAUAAGAUUUAAUUCUACAACAACAACAACAAUACCAGUUGUUAAAACUAAAAAAGUUGGAGCUUUUAGAGGUGGAUUUAUUGGAUUUUUAUUAGGUGUUACUGCAACUGGUGCAGCUUCAUAUUAUUAUUUAUUGGAUCAAUAUAAUUUUGCAAAUACUGUUGUUGUUGCUGAUAUUAUUGCUUUACAGAAUUCUAUUGAUAGUUUGGAAAAACAUGUUAAAUCACUUGAUGAAAAAAAAUAG